AUGAUGUUGAAUGGACGAGGUAGACACGUGGGUGCGGUGUGCUUGAAAAAUCAAAGUCCCAGGGACGUGAAAGUUUGCUUACGUGUGCAAGGUUCAGCGGUCGUGAAAAAUUAUAACGGUGUCGUCAUGACAAAAUCUAUUUUGUCAUGGGUGUCGUCACUCGUCGGAGAGUGCAACGGAUGGUUGUUUGAACAUUUGCGGAUUGUCGUCCUUUCCUCAAGUGGGAGCGAACCAGUGUCGACAGAUGCGGGGAUUUUACAAUAA